GCAGGUUUACAUUAGCUAGCCGAUGACUUGAUAGAUACUAAGGAUUACCUUAAGCGCGCCUUUAUUGAAAUAAUUUCCACGCUAAGGUAGAUGUUCUAUACAAACGAGAUUGAUGAUAUUUUAGAAAAAAAACACUAGAAAAAUGGGCUGUAACGGAAGCAAAAGUACCGACGCGCAACAGAGCAGCGGCCAAGGGAGCUCAAGUGAGGACAAACCAGCUGAACCAGCGCAGCAAAAAACAGAACAAAAACCAGCAGAAGAAAAGAAAGCGGAAACGCCAAAACCGGAACCGGAAGCAGACGUUACUCCACAGAAAGCAGACGACACAGCUCAGGAGACGACAGGCGAUACGCAACAGGAGCAAACGGCAGAAGAAUAGAAACAGCAAAUUGAAAAGCUUAACUUAUAACUGUAUAUACUUUUGUUUCGACAUUCCUGUUCAUUUUCAUGAUAUACAUGUGAUGCGUUCUUAGUACUCUUUUUAUAUUUAGUAGUCCACAGAGUGAAUGUCUUAUACCAUAUAAUGUUUGCAUCCUUUGGGACCACAAGUUUGUUUCAUAAUCUAGAGUACUGGCUAUAUGUGCAUCUUGGGUAGUCGUCUACCAUGGAUACUCGUGGGUUCCAAAGAUUUUGUAGAUCUUUGUACUUCAUUACUUGUGUUUUCAUACUGAUAUUCAAUUCGUUAUUUCGUACUCUCUAGCCGUAUGAAAUAGUGACACAUCUCUGCAACUCUCAAACAGAAAUAAAAAAAAUAACAAUGUUGUUAUUUAUAGAGCGUUACAUAUACUUUUUAAUUUUUAUCAUUGUUAAAUAUAGCCGUCGGAAAUGAAAUGAAACAUUCACGCAUCCUCUGUUUGCUUAUUGACCAUCAAGACUAAAAAAUGAGAACUUUAAAGCGAAAUACAGUUUACUAUGCCGGCACCAUAUCCACUAACGCCCUGAGUCAGACUCCCAAAUGGAUCGUGCAAAUUUUCAUUCGGAGCUCCUCGGCCAUUUUUAUAGAAGACGACAUCGGAUGUAUACCUGUAAAUGUGUAGAAAUAGUUUGUAAAAUUUUAAAUUAUAUCAUUAAUUAAAUGUAGUGUUUAUUGAGCUAAGUUUAAAUUGAUAGCCAGUGAAGUGUAUUAUUGCAAACAUAAUUAAGAUUCCCAAGAGUUAAGUCAUUAAGUUUGACUGCUAAAGUAUAUUACUACGCGAUCUACUUGCAGCGGACUUAAAUGUACCGAUUUCUGAGUAUGUAAACCGUCCACAUACAUCCAAGGUUGUUUCGAAAAAAAUGGCCGAGGAGUUCCGAAUGGCAAAUCUUAUUUUAUCGUAACAAAUACUGAUACUAGACUAUCGUAAUUUAAAUUUGUUUGGCAAAUUAAAGAAAAAAAAAGAAAUCGAUAUUAACCAAUAAAUAAACGACCUUUUUAUCCAAUUUUAUGAAAAUUGUUUAUUAUUUAAUUUAUCAAUUUGUAUAUGCGAGUCUGAGUCACAAAUUCAGACUCAAAGCGUUCGUGAAUAUGGGGCCUUGUACUUAUUAUAACAAUUUAUUAUUUUUGUUCCACCAGGAGUUGGCAAGAUUGUUGACAUUUGUGUUUCUAUUCCAAAUAAUGUUGCGUGUUGAGUUUGUUACUUGGACGUGUAUGAUAUUGGCUAUUUUUGUGAAUCGUGACUGUGAUAGCAAUACUAUUUUGACAUGGCUUGAUAAAUAAUGCAAUGAAUGAUGCUUCUAUUUUUCUUAAAUCAUUGAAAUAAAUGGUGUCUUUAAAUCUGAA